AUGGAUGUUCGUAAAGACAAAGCGAGGCACCAAUUUAACACUGUUGUUGGUAAUAAUCUUUGGAUACACGACAAAAAUUCAGGGUUUCAUUAUGGUAUAGUGCUGGACUGUGGUAGCAGUGGAACUAGAGUAUUUAUUUAUUAUUGGCCAGAUCAUAAUGGUAAUCUAGAUCACUUGUUAAAUAUUCAGCAAAUGAUUGAUCGAGAUGGACAGCCUGUACGUAUGAAAGUCAGACCAGGUAAACUUGUGUGCCUGCCUUAGCCGAGAAAGUAUGUCAUAUUGUGUGAAUGACCCGAAGGAUUUACAUUGAAUGUAAUUUGUGACUGAACCAAUUCUUCUUAUUUGUUUUUUUAAAGGACUUUCAACUUUUGAAGAUAAGCCUCAAAAUGCAUCGCAUUAUAUUUAUCCAUUGUUACGACAUGCUGCAAAUCACAUCCCAAAGUCAAAGCAUUCGGAAACACCUUUAUAUAUCCUUGCUACGGCUGGCAUGAGGUUGUUAUCCAAACCAAAACAGGAUGCAAUUAUCAAUAAUCUCAUUAAUGACAUUCCAUUACACUUUGAUUUUCUCUUCUCUUCCACUCAAAUUGAAGUGAUUACCGGAAAACAAGAAGGUAGGUUACAGUGAACCAGCUCUCAAAAGCAGAAAUAACAGAGCUUAAAUACCACCAUGUAACAUGUCUGUUGAAUUUUUCUAGGUAUAUAUGCGUGGAUAACAAUCAAUUAUGUACUUGGAAGAUUCAAUCAUUCAAAUGGUGAGUACUAG